CUCUACGUGAAAACAGCCACGAAAGCAUUUUCAUUAACAAAAAAAAAAAGACAAAUAGGAUAUAUAAGCGUAUUCUAUGAGAGGAAUCUUCAACUUCUUCAGACCUACCAUUUGGGUGUCCUGGGAUAUCCAGCUAUCUCCUCAGGGAAGCAUUACUGGGAAGUAGACGUGUCUAGAAGUGAUGCCUGGCUCCUCGGAUUAAAUGAUGGAAAAUGUGCUCAACCUCAACUUCAUUCAAAGGAUGAAAUGGGCUUCAAAACAAAACAUUAUUCUAAUGUUAAACAAAAUGUAAUGUAUCAGCCUAAAUGUGGCUACUGGGUUAUAGGGCUGACGAAUGGGUCUGUAUACAAUGCCUUUGAUGAGUGUUCUAUCACCCACAAUUCCAGUGUCCUGGCCCUCUCUCUGCCUAGUCCUCCCAGUCGUGUUGGAGUUUUCCUGGACCGGGAAGCUUGCACUCUCUCAUUUUAUGAUGUUUCUCGCUAUGGAGCUCUCAUCUAUAGGUUCUAUGACCCUGCCUUCCCUGGUAAAGUCUACCCAUAUUUUAAUCCUAUGAAUUGUUCAGAGCCAAUAACAGUAUGCGGUCCACCAUCUUAAACCCACACCUAUACAGUGCAGUGCCCCCAUGUCUGGUGUAUCUCAUGUGCCAGAGCUCCCCUGCAUCAUUCUAACUUCUUUUGUCUUGGGCCCUUUAUUUUAAUGACCUUCACUUCUAACUAUAAACAGGUGUGGACUCAUUACCUUGAUCCAGUUGCUUCUCUACUCACAAGAUGAUUACUCUCAUUUGUGAUUUCCCAUAUUCCCAAAGAAAAUGGCUGCUUCUUCACUAAGUGAGAGAGCCUCUGCUAGCACCAUCUCUGUAGGAACACAGUCAAAAGAAUGACUCACAGCAAACAACAUCCUAGGGACCUCUAAUAGAGGACCCAGAAAAAAGAAAGAGGGCCUUUUACCUCAAGGACAGUUUGUUCUCUGGAUUUCUUUGGAAGUAAUUUUGUGCCUCCUGCAAAAAGAACAUAUGUGUUCAAUUUAUAAGACAUAUUUAUUCUUGUUGGAUGUCAGAACAUAGCUAUAGAACCUAUGCCUGUGCAAGGAUAUACUCAUGCCAGCCUCAAUGGACACUGGUUCUGCAUACGGGCUUGUGCCUUAAUUUUGUGCUUUCUAAGGUAUAAUCUAUAGUAUAAUGCCAGACAAUUGUGUUUAUAUGGUCUGACCUGAGACAAUUGUAGUCAAGGUUUGUUAAUAUUUAGUAUGUUCUUACUGGUAUUUAUUUGCAUGUUUUUCUGAUUUGGUUCUUCUGAACUCCAACAACUUUCCUGCUUGCUUUUGUACAUUCACGUAAAAGCACAGUGAAGCUGAAGUAAAGUUGUCUGCAGUGUUAGGCUGUAGUCCCCCAUUCUUUAAGAUUUUCAAACCGCAGGUCUUACAGACAGAACUACCUAGGUCCACAACAGUAGACACUCCUUCCUUUUUGUGGUGCCAGAGAUAAAAGCCAGGGCUUCCUGUGUGCUUAUGAGUUGCUCUACCACUGAGUGACUUGCCUCUUCUUUGUCAGGUCUCCAUAACUUAUUCUUUCUCUCACUGAUAAAAGAUGAAAGAAAGUUCUCCAGAAUGUCUACCAGUUUUGAAAUUUAUAUGUAGGAAUCUCUUACUAAGGAUUGGGCCUUAGCAGGAGGGCAGUUUAACCACAAUGCUUGUGUUUCAUCAAAUAGUUAAGAAGGAAACAUCUCAAAUGAUAUCUACUAAGAACAUGUGUGGAGAGUAUACAGGUUCCAAUCCUGCCUCUCCACAUAGCAGUACAACCCUGAAUAACAUUCCCUAAAGCCUGUGUAUGCUUGCUUGUUUGGUUUUAUUUUUUAUUUCAUUUUUUGUUUUUGUUUUUCAGUUUUGGUAAAAUAGUGCACCUAUAUUGCAGGUCAUUGUAGAAAAAUAAAUUUGAAAUCUUUAGAAGACUCUGAGAGUAAAAUCCCUUUCCUCUAUGAGUGAUGAGCUGUGUUCAUUUUCUCAGACUCUCUUGGCUGAAGAAGGCAGCUAGCUCUGACAGAUGAAUCUCUCACUCCACAAAUAUGCUAUAGAACACCUAGGCAGAAGCACAUAUACAAAUGAAAAGGAUUAUGUAAUUUUUAGUAAGAGAAGAAGUUCAAUACUUAUAAUACAUCCAGUGUACAUUCAGUAGGUAUUGGUUGUGCUAAUUACUGGGUAGAUGUUCUGUGUGACACUGUGUGACUGGGGAAACUAAGGUGUAGAUCUUCUCAUGUCUGGAUGUUAGGUCCUGGAAGCUGCCACCAAGACUACUCUAAUAUGUUGUAGAUAUCUAUGAUUUUUUUGGUUUUCACACUUAUUUUUUGAAAGGAUAUUUGUUUUGCUGUAUUCGUUAUCAAGUCUAUGAUUUUCCAUUUUGCAAAGAAUGAUAAUGAUGACAAUGAUACCCAUAACUGUAUCUUCUGUUGUGUUGUAAAAUGUAAACAAUAGAAUGUUUCUAGGAACUCACUGUUUGUAGCAUGUAAGAGGUAUCUGAUAUGGUAUCUGUUAAGUUUUUUCUCCCUGUUGAUGUGACCAUAAUAAAGUAUCAUUGAGAUGACAAA